AAUCUAAGAUAGUGUUGUACACAAGGAAGUAUUUCAUGUUGAGUCGUCUGACUCGUAGCCCAGAACAUGUAAUGCUUCAAUAACAGUCAGUGUGCACUUAAUACUGACAGAGACGAGAUACAGAAUGACUGACGACUAUAUUCUGGUGUUCGUACUGCUCAUACCCUAUACAGCAUGCAUAAGCGGUAAAGGACAAGGGGAGGAGUGUCGACAGACGUCCGAGUGUGUCAGCAAUGCUGAGUGUUGGGUCAACGUCUGUCAAUGCAACAUCGAGCACUACCCCUUGAAAGGACAGUGUGAACAACGUCUUCUCCCGAACAUGCCGUGUUCUGGCGAUAUGGAGUGCGUGGACGGCGCCAGCUGCCGUGCCAACUACUGCCAGUGCGACGACACACACUACCACGCUAAUACCUUUGACAAGCGGUGUGUGGCAUUGAGUGAGCUGUUCAUCCGAAACAUACGGUCGGUGACAACUACGUCGACAACAGCUGCGGUUACAUGGGCCACGCCUGAACUACCGCCUGUGGCAUCCACUUUCAAGUAUCAUGUCUUGUGUAACGGCAAUAGAAGGACAUUCAUCAAACCGUUCGAAAUCCUCGACUUAACUGAUCUGACGCCUGGAACGGCUUUCAACGUCACCGUCAGUGUCGCCGUAGAUGAGAACAGCAAGAUUAAGAUAGCACCACCAAGAACAGCCACCAUGCGAACUCCGCCUGCAGUGCCAUCCGACUUACGACAUGACUAUGACACAGCAUUCCUGUUCGUCUACUGGUCAGUCCAGGGUCACGCCGACUCCUUCAAUGGGUCACUGUGGUCCAGUUCCUCCACACAGAGAUUCACCACCCCAUAUACAAGCUACAUGUUCCCACGACCAAACACGACCUCAGUCCAGAUUCUCUGUGUGUCGGCCCGGAGCGGAGACCUUUACAGCCAGAUGGCCUGCUAUACAUUUCAUAUGGACACAACUGACGAUAUUGCGAUGACCACGUGGCAAUCGUCAGUGCCAACAUGGUCGUUGAUCCUGGCGAUGUUGAUGGCCUGCACCAUUAGUACCACUGCUCUUCUGAUUGGCUUUCGAUUCCGUCAAAAAUGGUGUUCCUGUGUCAGUGUGAAGGGAGGUAACUUUUACGACGUGAUCCAGUUCCGGAGAUCCAGGGUGACACUGGACUCCAGCUAUGACAGAGAAUACGAAGGCUCGACGUAUGUAAACCAACCUGUCUCGGCUGGUGUGACAAGGACAGAGAGGGUUGUGUUUGAGAACGACACAGAGAGUGACGAUGUCGUGGAGUGUGUGUAUGAUCAACCUCGAACUGUCAACAUGAGGGGCGGUGGGGUAGCCUAGUGGUUAAAGCGUUCGCUCGUCACGCCAAAGACCCGGGUCGAUUCCCCACAUGGGUACAAUGUGUGAAGCCCAUUUCUGGUGUCACCAGCCGUGAUGUUACUGGAAUUGCUAAAAGGGUCGUAAAACUGAACUCAUUGGCAACACGAAGAUCUGAAUAGUGACUGAUAUAGUGACUGAUGGACGAAAUAGAAAUUCAUUAUUGGACCAAUCAAAGCAGACAAUCGAUUUUUCAGAAACUAGAAACUAGACACAUACACCGCCUAAGUCCCGUCUACAGUUCGAACUGCAUACAUUUGCCAUUUGUGUUUGUGGUGGUUUGGGGAGAGCUAUCUCUACCUCUUCCCAAAGUUACGAAUGACUGAAGUGGUUUUAAUGUAAAAUAAAUAAUAGUUCAUA